AACUACUUGCAAAAUAUGUCCUCGAUACGCAUGGCAAAUUGGCUAACUGGAUCUCUGCGGAGAUUUGGAAAUGUGAAAAAAUUGCAACAAGUCUAUCGGAGGUUUUACGCCGAUGAUUCGCGUGUAACGAAAGGACUUGUGAUUGGACUGUAUCAGAAGGAGGGUGAGAAAGAACCAAAGCUAACAUCAAGCGGGGAGAAAUUCGAUGAUCGUGUACAGGGCAAAGUAUCGGAAUUAAUCAAAGAAACGAAUCUUUCCGGAAAAUUGGGUAGGGGGAAAGUAUUCAACAAUAUUGAUCAGGAGUUUCGGUCUAUAGCAGUGAUCGGUGUUGGACGUGAGGGCGCCGGUUUCAAUGAGUUGGAAAUGUUGGACGAAGGCAUGGAAAAUGUUCGGGUCGCCGCUGGUGUCGGUGCCCGCAGCCUACAGAUGCAAGGUUGUUCAGAGGUCUUCGUCGAUUCCAUGGAGUACCCCGAACAAGCUGCCGAAGGUAGUGCUCUAGCGAUAUGGCGUUAUCAGGACAACAAAAGGAAAAAAGACCGAACCGGGACUCCCAAAUUGGAAUUGUACGACUCACCCGACAUUGACGCUUGGACGCGUGGUCUCUUCANUCCCAAAUUGGAAUUGUACGACUCACCCGACAUUGACGCUUGGACGCGUGGUCUCUUCAAAGCUGAAGCACAAAAUCUUGCUCGGCGUCUAAGUGAUGGUCCAGCUAAUCAAAUGACACCCACCGCAUUUGCACAAGCGACUGUGGAUGCAUUGUGCCCUUGUGGUGUCACGGUGGAGAUUCGUACAAUGGAGUGGAUCGAACAACAACAUCUCAAUUCGUUUUUAAUGAUUGCAAAGGGUUCAUGUGAGCCACCUGUGCUGCUAGAGAUUAGCUAUUGCGGCACAGCGCCUGAAGAAAAGCCAAUCUUGUUGUUGGGCAAGGGUAUGACAUUCAAUAGCGGUGGUAUCUGCUUGCGCACUUGCAAGGGUAUGGAUGAGUAUCGUGGCGCCAUGGCCGGUGCUGCGGUUGUGGUUGCAUCCAUUCGUGCCGCCGCUGCUCUAUCGCUACCUAUCAAUAUUUCUGCUGUCAUACCACUUUGCGAGAAUAUGCCUUCGGGUAUGGCUUGCAAACCAGGUGACGUAGUCACGUUGCUCAACGGCAAAUCAUUGGCAAUAAGUGAUACGGAUAAGGCGGGUGUUGUCGUGAUGGCGGAUCCAUUGAUCUAUGCUCAGACCACCUACAAACCUCGACUUGUGGUCGACGUUGCUACGCUGGGUAUAGGCGUUAAGAAAGCUUUGGGUGGUGGUGCAACAGGCAUAUUUUCCAACUCGCACUACAUUUGGAAGCAAUUUCAAAAAGCUGGCUCACUAACAGGCGAUCGCAUGUGGCGCUUACCACUUUGGAACUACUACAAGUACCUGGUAACAAACAAUGUUAGUUUUGACGUCUGCAAUACUGGUAAAGGACCAGCUUCAUCCUGCCUAGCGGCUGCCAUUUUGCAUCAAUUUGUUCCCUGUGUGGACUGGGCACAUUUAGAUAUUCGAGGCGUUGGAAUGCUGACAAAAUAUGGCACCUUGCCGUAUUUGCUGAAGGAUCGUAUGACGGGUCGCCCAACACGCACCAUGAUACAGUUCCUAUACCAAAUGGCCUGUCCCGAGCAACAGAAGCAGUAGUGGAAGUAAGCGCACGAACGACUAUGUUUCUACUCAACCCUCACUGCCCUGAUACGCCUAACAGGCCCCCCCCCCCCAAGAUGAAGUGUAUUUGUAUAUGAAGAUGUGUAGUAGUGUCCUGAGGUCAAAAUUAUCUCUGUGUUUUAAUUGUUUCUUUCUUAGUGAUUCUAAAUGGCGAUGUUUAUAUAUUUUUGAUUAUUUCUGUGGCAUGUUCUACUCAAUGCAAAUACAUAUAUAUUAAAUAUGAUUUGUAUUAAAAAAUGGCGCUUUCGUAUUUUAUUUCUGUAUAGCGUUGUACAUUGUAUAAAUGUUGGGUAAAUAAUUUUAUGGAAAUUGAUCAAAGAUAAUCAUAAUAGGU